UAGGGCGGGGCCAGAAUCAGACAGGUUUCACAGGUGUACACUCUACAACAACUCACCGAAACUCUCAUAAAUCAGCCAUUUUACAUUCUAAUUUUGUUGAUUUCUGUUAGAAGGCAAUGCCGGAACAUUAUUACGAAAGAAACAAAGACUACUCGAGUCAAGACCGGAGAGCAGGAGACCGGGGACGGGAUUACAGGCAGGAUACAAGAAAGAAAGAGGAGAGGAGAACACAUGACAGGGAUGACAGAUCACAGAACUACAAAAAUAAACACAGAGAUGCUUACACCCACAGGGAUCCCAGUGUUUAUGAAGACACCAGACAUCAUAGUCAGGCAUUGUCCAGUAGCCCAACGACAUCUUACCAUGACAGUGAACUACAACAUAGAGGGGCACUGUACAACCUAAAAUACAUCACCACAAGCAGAGGCAUCUGUCAGGCCAUGGAGUUCUUCUUAAACUUGUUGAUUGUCAUCUGUUCAGGAGUUAACUACAGUAACUCAGGUCAAUAUAGGGAUAUCGCUAGUUUAGGCGGUUUGUACCAGUACUACUACGGAGGAGCCAAUGCAUUUACUGGAGCAGAUGCACAGAAGGUACAGGAGCUCGAUAAACAAUUUUAUCAGCUCAAGCUGCCCCCCUAUGUCUACAGCAUGGCAUGCGGUGGGGUGUUAAUGAUUUUCGCCUGUGCCGUGCUUGCUCUGGGAGUGUUUCGCAUGCCGUACCGUUUUCCACCUCUGUUGCUUGCUGAAGCCUUGUUGGACGCGCUCAUAGGGCUUGGAUAUAUUCCCGGUGUGGCUUUUUACUUUAUAAAGCUGCAAGAGAUCUACAGCAACGCCAUCUGUAAAGAAAGGGAAGCGAUGUACAACAGCAAAGGUCACAGGGGAUUUGACUGCAAUCUGAACGGGUCAGACAUAGCAGGCGGCUUGUUUGGUGUGCUGGGAAUGAUUAUUUUUCCCAUAAGUGCAGUGCUGGCCAUCAAAGCGUUUAUAAGAGUGCGGAAGAUGAAGCAGAAGACGACGACGGAAGAUGGCAACCUAUGAGAGAUUCAAAUGUUGAGAGCACAGAUUUUAUAUGCAUGUUACUGUGAUGACUAGUGUUACGAUGUCAAAGUUAUUUUAUAAGAUAUAUUUUAUAAGCAAUGACUAGAAAUGUUGAACAAUCAGAUCAAAUGUCAAUUAUUUUAUAAUUUGCACGUCUUUUUAUACUUUAUUAUAUCUCGCAUACAAAGUGCUUUUUAUUAUUUCCUUUUGUGUACAUUUCAGAUUCUUGGCAUAAUUGCAAACAGAUUUUAUCAAUAAAAAAC